UCAACCCUUCCCUCACAUUCCCUUUCCCAGGUGGACUUCGACUAUUGACACACAAUCACCUUCGAUAGAAGCAGCAUCCCACCCAAGCAACCAUGAGCACUCCCAACACAAUCUCCGUGAACAAGCUCGCAGGCACACGGGUGCUGGUAAUCGGAGGGACCUCCGGGAUCGGAUUCGCGGUGGCGCGCGCGGCGCUCGAGCACGGGGCGAGUGUCUUCCUCGCCAGCUCGCAGACCAAGAAAGUGGACGACGCGCUUAACCGCCUGAGAACCUUCUACCCGGAUCCAGAAUACCACGCGCGCAUGGCCGGGUGCGCCUGCAACCUCGGCGAUCCCGCCACCCUGGAGACCAACGUGCUCCACCUCCUCGAGCAGGCCACCACCACGACUACCACAGAAAAGACUCUUCUCAACCACAUAGUGUACACGGCCGGCGAUGCGCUGGCCCUGAAGCCUGUGACGGACCCGACGCUGACGGUGGCCGACAUCCACGCCGCGGGAACGGUGCGCGUGCUCGGGGCGCUGAUGGUCGCCAAACACGCGCAGACCUACAUGCACGCGUCGUCCCGCUCGUCGAUCACCUUCACCAGUGGCGUGAAUGGCCACCGACCGGCGCCGGGGUGGACGCUGGCGGCGACUAAUGGAGGUGCGGUGGAAGCGAUGGCACGCGGGCUGGCGGUGGAUUUGGCGCCCAUCCGCGUGAACACGGUCAGUCCCGGCGCGGUGUUGACUGAGUUGUUUGAUAAUUUCGGGGAUGAGGCGGCUAAGCAGGCUGCGGUGACGCGGUACGCUGAUGAGACGCUGGUGCGGGAGAUUGGGCGGCCGGAGGAGGUGGCUGAAGCGUAUCUCUAUUUCAUGAAGGAUCGCUUCGUGACGGGGACGUUGGUUCAUUCGGAGGGGGGGAAGUUGUUGAGGUGACUUGCUGGUGGUGGUGGUGAGGGAGAGCUAUGCUUGGGAGGAAUGCUCACUCAUUCAGAUUUAUAGAAUCAAACCAUCUCAGCAUUCUCUUGUCUUGCUACAUAUAUAGAUCUGGUCUGGAUGUGCUGGUAAAAUGGACUUGUAGGUUUGUGGCGAGAGGAAGCUGACGGCCGAAGUUGCUCUCCCCCUGAGGAGCUGUUGCGUCACAGCGAUGGUUAUCUGAUGAGGAAGAGGGGAAAUGGGUUUGGACUUGAGGACUUGGAGCAAGAUCACCA